AUGCGCGGUGAGAUCGACUGCAAGGCACCGGGCCUUCAGCUUCUGAGACACAAAGCGUUGGAGGAGCUGCGGUCAUGGCCUAGUCACGAGUUUCUGCAUGUGAAGCGAGAGUGGAAUCAGAGCGCAGAUCGACUAGCCAGCACAGCAUUGCAGAGCGAAAAGGGAAGAACGGUUGUAGCUGAAGAGGAUCGGCAAGAUCUGAUGACUCUGAACCGUCUCGAUGAAUUGUUGAAGCCCAAGCAAGAUGGUCAGCUGGCUCGGGUAACUGCGAUCACGAGAUCAGCCAGGAGGAUACGUCAUGAACCUGAAGUGAUACAGGAGGAGAUAGUACAGAGGAUCAGGAUUCAACGAAUUGUCCAAGCUCAAGAUGAAGAGCGUUGGAUUGUCAAUCUCAAGACAUAUCUAAGUGGCGAUGUAUCAAACUUGGAUGCGGUAGAAGUGAAGAUGUGCGCCAAACUGGCGCCGGAUUACGAGAUCGAUGAGAACAAUCUGCUAUUUUUUUGCCCCAUGGCGAAAAGAGAGUCAGAAGAUCGCGAUGGUUUGAUGCGGUUGGUGAUCCCUGAGACGUUGCAGCAGGAUUUUUGCAUCACUAUCACACGAGUCUGGAAGGAGGCCAUCAGGGUAUUGGCCGAACCUAUCAGAGGAUCAGAUCGCGAUUUCAUUGGAGAGGACUGUAUCGGAGCGUUCAACGAUAUGUGGGCGAAUGUACCGACUGUGAGACCGGGAAAGGAAACCCGAUGA